GCGAGUUCCCGGCAACGCCCGGUCGGGUGGUGCGCUCGCCACUGCCCUCGAUCCGGGUCUUGAAAGCUGAGACUAACUCCUCUCUGUGAGGAGGAAGCCACGGGACCGAGGGCCGGAAAGGGCCUGAGAGGCCGAGGCCGCUGUCUGAGGGAAGUGGGGGAGGGGCGCGGCCCGUUUGAGGUGAUUUGGGCGGGCCAAUUGUGAGGUAAUUUGACCCACCACCCUGAGGAAAUUAGGGUGGUGAGGUUUGGUCGGGCUUGGAAAAAAGAAAUCAGCAAGCAGGGUUUGGUUGGGCUUGGAAAAAAGAAAUCGCCCCUCUGCGUUCUUUCCGCUCUUUCCGUUGGGACGUGGUAAAGCCGAAACUAGCUCCAUAUGCUCUCCAUCGACAUCGAGGUCACCAGUCAAGAACCUAUUUAAUUAUUACUGGUGGUGAAGACAUGGGGGAUUGUUCAAUUUUAUGACAGAAGUGGGUAAGUUUAUAGGUUGGUAAAUUUCCGGAUUGGUAAACACAGGAAAUUUAGGGGUACAACAACAAAAAAGGACUGGAAGAACAUGAAGAUGGAGCAGUAAUAAACUGAAAACUCAAGGAUCAUCUACCCCAGGACCAUCCAUAUUUGACUCAACUUGAACUAUCGCAACUUAACUCUAAAAGCUCCUUAGAUCUACAGGUUUUUUUCGUAGUACAUUCCAAAAUAUUACGUCAUAGUCAUUGAGAAGAUACAGAAAAACUUAAAGAAGAAAUCAAUUGUAGUUGUAAACAAAUCUUUGAACAUAUUUUGGAUAGAUACUAGCUUUGUUUAAUUGUCAUUAAGGAGCUGGGACUUCCCAAGCCUUUACUGGAAGGAAUCCUACAAAAGCUGUUCCGUUAUAAGGUUGUAUUUCCUAGUUAGUGGGUAAAAGGCUCAAGACCUCAUUGCAGUCAUGGCUUUCACAAACUACAGCAGUCUGAAUCGAGCUCAGCUAACCUUUGAGUAUCUGCACACAAAUUCAACCACUCAUGAAUUUUUGUUUGGUGCUCUUGCUGAACUGGUUGAUAAUGCAAGGGAUGCUGAUGCCACCAGAAUAGAUAUUUAUGCAGAAAGGCGAGAGGACCUUCGAGGAAGAUUUAUGCUUUGCUUUUUGGACGAUGGAGCAGGAAUGGAUCCGAGUGAUGCUGCCAGUGUGAUCCAGUUUGGGAAGUCGGCCAAACGAACACCUGAGUCCACCCAGAUUGGGCAGUACGGGAAUGGGUUAAAAUC